CAAAACCAUAUAGACGUAGCAUAUGCUACACCGUCGCAUUGUGUCGAAGAAAAUCAAAAUGAAUCCAACACGUCUGCGGGUAUUUGGUAUUGUCACCGUAUGCCUGCUGUUAUCGAAUUGCCUCUUCGUGGAUGCAAAACGUAUUUACAGUAGCAGUGGUCGUCGCAGCUCCAGCAGCAGCGGUUCAUAUUCGGCACGCCGUACCUCUUCCACAUCGCAUGGAGGCUACAAUUCGCAUUCAUCGUCGUCUGCUUCGCAUCCCUCCUAUUCCCAUUCAGAUGCAACAAAGCUAAGCUAUGGUGGCGGUUACCAUUCGUCACCGCCAAAACCGCAAAGUUCUGCAACAAGUCACUCGCAGUCACGUCCCGCUGCCACCGCCUCGCCCAUCGGUUGGAAUGUACCCAAAUCACAAGGCCCACCUCCGGCAUAUUCGCCCGCGAAUACAGUGGGCGGUGCACGCACAAACAUACACGAGCCACCACCAUCCUACAGAGCUACUGCACCUGUUGCUUCAGCACCUAUCAGCUCGUCGUCUGCUUACAAACCAAAUGCACCGCCUCCAAACUAUGCAGCCGCAACUAAUACAGGCAAUCGCGCCUCAAUGACACCAGCCCAGACUUACAAUCCCAGCGCACCAGCCAGCAAUGCUGCGGCAUCUAAUACAGCAUAUCGUGGUGCAGUGACACCCGCACAGACUUAUCGGCCACGCGUAAAUUCUACAGGCGGAUUUGGUGGCGGUGGCGGCUUUGGCAGCGGUUCACAUACGCCCAUACAGCGUACUAAUGUCCAGGGCGUACAAUCCAGUUAUCCACAACAGAGCUUACCAGCUGGCGCUACAUAUUAUAAUUCGCCAUCACAUUUGCCAGCCGGCGCGACAUACCACUCGUCAGUGCCAGCUGGUGCGACGUAUCACUCUUCGGUGCCAGCCGGUGCGACAUAUCACGCACCCGGCGGCAUUCCGUCCGGUGCCACUUAUUAUCCUUCCGCUGGUGCUUUGCCUGCUGGUGCUAGUUACCAUCCAGCUGGUCAUGUUCCUGCAGGAGCUACUUAUUAUCCAUCGCAUGGUGCAGUACCUGCCGGUGCUAGUUACUAUCCGGCAGCAGCAGCAGUGCCCGCAGGAGCUACCUUCCUACCAGCAGGUUCAUCGCUGCCGGCCGGUGCCACAUACUAUCCACAAGCGCCGGUUAAGUCAUCAUCGGGACUUGGAUUCGGCUCAGGUCUGGCUGCUGGCGCUCUUGGUGGCGCUCUACUCGGCUACGCACUAACACCUUCACAAACCAGAGUUGUCGAACGCGUUCCUGCUGGAGGCGGUUACAGCAGUGGUGGCAGCGCUCCGCCAGCCUCUGGUGGAGACGACCGCAUCAUCAUCAUUAAUAAUGGCCCACCAGGUUCAGUGACAACUGCGGAUGCUGGUUCCGGUACGACUGUCAUCAAUACUAACGCAGCAGCACCUGCCGCUGCCGCUGCUCAGCCCAGCAUGCCACAAAAUUAUGCACCACCGCCCAAUGCAGCAGCAGCAGCGACACAACCAGUCGCACCCAGUUCAGAUGGCGCACCCCAACUUGCCCCCUUCGACACGUCAGCUGCAGGUAGCGGUGUCAAUACAGCAGCCGCUGUGGGCGCUGCAGCUACAGGUGCAGCAAUCACUGCUGCAGUUGCUGCUCCUGCACUCAAUGCCGCACCUGCUCCCAGCACUGGUGAUGCAGCUUCAGUUGUUGGCGGCGCACCCGCACCAACUGGUAAUGCAGUUCCCGCGCCCGCUCCUGGUGCGGCCGCCACGCCAGAGCAACCGCCAGCACCUGGUGGAAUUAUAUGCGUACCGGUGCGUGUACCUGAGCCAGAUCCUGCUGACAGUACAAAAACUAUUGAAGUGGAAAAGAUUGCCUGCUAUCCCGCUCCAGCGCCGGCUGAAACGACACCCGCACCAGCUUCUCCGCCACCAACUGCGGGUGUCACAGACAUAGCCACAUCUGCAACAAGCACCAGCAUACCAGUGACGACAACAACGACAAUGGCCAGUACUGUAGCCCUUGCAUCGGUCAGCAAUUUGGAAACUGGCGUACGAUUGGCGCCGCUCAAUACCCCCUUACCGCCAAUAGAAAUUCCAGAGGGUUCAGUUGCAUUGGCGCCACUCAGUCCGGGCAAGCAGCCGGAUAUAAUGAGAUUGCCAGGCAAUUACUAUGCGCGACGGUCAGUAUCGAAUAUUGAGCUGGCCGAAAGUUCCGCCUUGCUGAGAGCGACCAAUUCAGCAACCAAUUAUGCCAAUUCCAGCAUUGCGACUUUGUUGACACUGCUGGUCGCAUACUGCAUGCACUAACGCUGUUGCUGAUAUGAUGGAAUGAAAAGGAUUGCGGCGAAAAAAUCAAGUGCUUGCUGUUGUCGGGAGCUCUUGAAGCCAAAGAGGAGAAGAACUGGGAAUGAAAAUCAAAGUUGAAAACGAAUUUAAUGGCAACCUGCAGCUCGACCAAUUUAAAGCCUGUGAAAAAUCGAAUGCUAUUAUAAUUGCAUAGUUAUUUUGCGUAUCUCUAUUAUCGAAAUUUUUGAACAAAUAAUACUCUCGUGGUGAUUAACAUUUUUUGAUUUGUAAUUCAAUGUAUCUAUUACUGACAUUUUAUUUCGGAAAAUAUAUACAUAUAUAUAUUAUGUAAAUAAAGAGAUUUAGGAUUA